AUGUAUCAGCCUGAUUCUUCUGGUGAGUCGUCAGACGUGCCCUCAACGGAUCGCCGCCACGUGGCGUCUGUUACAGUCGACGAGACCGUUGCGGGCCACUCAGGCGUUAUGAGCAUGUCGUCCCGGCAUCAGCGGGAGAUGAUCACACGUUUUCCGGAGCUUUUGUCGGUGGAUUGCACGCACAAGACCAAUCGGUACAACUACCAAUUGUCCACCCUAAUGGCGAUCGAUGACAAGGGUCGGGGCCAGCCUGUCCAGCAUUCGUUACUCGAACGAAAUGCCGACUGGCGUAUGUCGCGUGCUUUGGAUCACUUGUUCCGGAUGGAUCCUGAUAUUGGAGAGAAAGUGCAGGUUCUUAUGGUCGAGUGA